UAGCAACAAUACAAAUAAAACAUUUAGCAACUGUAUUGUAAACAAUAAAUACAAUACAUUAUUGUCCGUAAUACACAAAACAAACAAAUGAAUUUUUUAAACGUGUCUUGUCGCUGCUUUGUCUGUAACGUAGCCGUGAUUUUGUAAUGACAACUUUGGCGGAGCUGGCGACUUUAACUUCGACGGAUGUUGUGGCGGUAGAGUCUCCGUCGACGUCACCGAGAUCAACAACUCAAAAUAAUUCGCAAACAAUAACAGCUGCAGACGCGUCUGCGGCAUCGUCGUCGUCGGUGGAGGUGGUUUCCGUUUCGAGGCAGACGUCCGAUUUGGACGAGAUCGCGACCAUCUCACAGCAAAUCCGUCGCGUGCUGGAAUGUCCAAUAUGCCUGACGCUCAUGUCGGUCAUAUCGUGCUACUGCCCCAACGGGCACGCUGUGUGCGAACCGUGCAUGCUGACGCUGCAGAACAUGAACAGCGCCAUAGAUAAUCCCUGCCCGCUGUGCCGGACGUUGAUGGUUCAGUCGUCGGGCACGUCGGCUACGGUCGUCAAACUGACCGAGUUGUCUACUCUGGUGAAGGUGGUAUGCUCCAACUGGCAGCACGGGUGCACCGAACUGAUUCCCGUCCGGUACGUAAACGAUCACGAGUCCCAAUGCCCGCACACGCCGACCGUCCGGUGUCAGGUAUCCAUGUGCCAGUGGCUGGGUAUGUACGAACAGUUGUUCGAGCACGUGUCAAGUUCGCAUCCCGGCGUCAUCGUCCGGACUGUGCAAAACCAACUGAAAGUGGACGAUUUAAAAGACAUAGUUAAAAAUCGACGCCGGACAUACCUGGUCCAGUCGACGUACGGCAUGAUCUGGGUGAUAAUGUCCCGGAUCGCUCGGUCCCGCAUCCAAGUGGCACUGUUCAUGGUGGACAACCACCGUAGCGAAAAGAAUGACGUUGACAAAGUGCCACCGGAUAUACAGUACCGUAUCACGUGUUUCGACGAAAACCACCGCUUAAGGACCAAAACCAGGACGAGAGUGAUUAACUGGAGCACAUUAUUGCAGUCAGGAAGCCAGAACAUUUUGACCGGAAUGUACACGACGUUCCGAGUUAUGACGAUUGAUCACAUGGUGAUAAAUUGGUUUCAAUGCCCGAUGAACAAUCGAAAUCGUACCUCGGCCACAUAUUAAAUCGUGAAAGGUUUCGUUUUUAAUUAUUUAGAUUUUUUAAAUUAUUUACUUUUAUAUUA